CAACGAGCCUGCUCAGCACGCAGAGGAGAAGACAGAAAAGGAUCCUGUGGGCAGAUGACGGUUAAGAGGACGACUGUGAGCUCUGAAAAGAAGAUCAAGGUCCAGAGGAUCAGCAGCGACCUCUCGAUGGGCGAGGAGAUCGCUCUGGACUCAUCUUCUGACAACAUGGCACUGGACGUUAGUGCGGAUGACGAUGACUUUAUAGACGAGGCUAUGAAUGGCCAUACGACCACAGCACGGUACCAGGCUCACGGCGAACAAGGACAGCAGUGGCAUCGCACGAUCGACAACGUGGUGAAGUGUGUUGUUGCGGUGCACUUUUCCCAGACCUCGAACUUUGACUGUGACCCGUCGGUGCUCAGCGAAGCCACAGGGUUUGUUGUUGACAGCGAAAGAGGUAUCAUCUUGACGAAUAGACACGUUGUGGGUACUGGUCCGUUUGUGGGAUCCGUCAUCUUCGAUAACCAUGAGGAAGUCGACGUGAUACCGAUAUACAGGGACCCUGUUCACGAUUUCGGCUUCUUGAAGUUUGACCCGAAAGAUAUCAAAUAUAUGGAUGUCAAGUCCUUGGAGCUGAGGCCUGAGUUGGCACAGGUUGGCUGUGAGAUUAGGGUUGUUGGUAAUGAUGCUGGUGAGAAGCUGUCAAUCUUGAGUGGAUUCAUAUCGAGAUUGGAUCGUGAUGCGCCUGCCUAUGGUGAUCUUACCUAUAAUGAUUUCAACACAGAGUAUAUCCAAGCAGCGGCAAGUGCUUCUGGUGGGUCCAGUGGGUCCCCAGUGGUUAAUAUAGAUGGCUAUGCGGUGGCUUUGCAAGCUGGAGGGUCUACAGAGGCGUCCACUGACUUCUUCUUGCCGUUAUGGAGAGUCGUCAGAGCUCUUAAAUGUAUCCAGGACGACAAGCCAGUCACACGAGGCACUAUUCAAGUCCAGUGGGUGUUGAAACCAUACGAUGAGUGUCGUCGUUUUGGAUUGACAGAUGAAGCAGAGAGGAAAGCGAGAGAGAAGUUCCCGAAGAGCAUUGGCCUGCUCUGUGCCGAAUUGGUGCUUCCUGGAGGCCCUGCACACGGACUAAUUGAAGAAGGUGACACCUUGAUCUCAAUCAACGGGCUGGACAUUUCCACUUUCAUUACCGUUGAUGACAUCUUGGACUCCUCCGUGGGCGAGGAGAUCGAAUUGUGCUUACAGAGAAGUGGCACUGAUGUUACAGUCAAAUGUAAAGUUGGCGACCUGCACGCAAUAACCCCAGAUAGAUACUUAGAAGUUGCGGGUGCUAGUUUCAACGACCUGAGUUAUCAAAUGGCGAGACUCUAUGCUAUUCCUGUCCAGGGUGUUUUUGUCAACAACGCUACAGGCUCUUUCUUCUUGAACAGAAAUGAGCCCGUGGGCUGGAUGCUUGACACGGUGAACGACAUCGAUAUCAAAGACCUGGAUCAGUUCAUAGACGUUAUGAAGCAGAUACCUGACAGAUCAAGAAUCCCAAUCACGUUCCGUCAUAUCUCAGAUCUGCACUCAAACUCCAUGGCAACAAUCUAUGUGGACCGUCAUUGGUGCUCGAGUUUCCGACUGGCUGUUAGAAAUGACAAGACGGGCCUUUGGGACUUCACAGAGUUAGGAGACCCUCUGCCACCUAUCCCUCCACAGCCAAAGAGUGUCAAAUUUGUCGACAUCCCAGUCGACCACCCCGGGUGUGCCAAGUUGAGUAGAUCGUUUAUGGUGGUGACAACAUAUAUCCAUAUCCCUGUGGACUCAUUCCCGUCAUCGAGAAAGAGAGGAUUUGGCGUGGUGAUUGAUUCUGAGAAGGGAUACCUUCUUGUUUCCAGGCUUCACGUACCACAUGACUGUCUCGAUAUACAAAUCACAGUGGCUGAAUCUUUGGUAAUUCCAGGCACUGUUGUCUUCCUACAUCCAACUCAAAACUACGCCAUUGUUAAGUACGAUCCUUCUUUGAUCAUUGGAGAUGUUAGAACCCCAAAGUUCAGCGAUGUUCCUCUGAAGAGGGGUGACAAGUGCACAUUCAUUGGCUUCAAUCAAAACUUCAGGGUUGUGUCUACAGAGACAAAGGUUUCUGAUAUUUCAUCUGUGAAUGUUCCUAGAAACACCUAUUCUCCUCGUUAUAGAGGUACGAAUAUGGAAACUGUGUCUUUGGCUACAAACUUGAGUGAUGAGUGUGGAUCUGGUGUCAUUGCCGAUGAAGAUGGUACCAUUAGGGCGUUUUGGCUAUCCUUCUUGGGUGAAUGCCGUGAAGGCCACGAUACGAUCUAUAAAAUGGGCAUUGAUGUCACAGAGGUUAAGCACAUUAUAGAAAAACUACAAACCACCUCUGAUAUUCCAGUCAUCAAGAUUGUCGACUCUGAGUUCUAUGCCAUUUCACUGGACCAAGCCAGAGUUUUAGGUGUAUCCGAUGAGUGGAUCAAGAAGGUUGAAGACUCUGGAAGAGAUCGCUUCCAAUUCAUGGCAGUCUCUAGAUCCGCAGUCCCUGAGGAUCAACACAAACCGGAAUUGGAACAUCUGGAUGUUGUCUUAUCUAUCGACGGCAAGCAAGUUUUCGAUCAAAAUGAUAUCAACAGAUGUUAUGACAAGGAUACUCUUACGUUCAAGAUUGUCAGAAGAAAGAGAGAGAUGGAUCUGGAGGUUUCAACAGCCGAGAUCAAGUCUACAGACCAUAUUGCCAUUUGGUCUGGUGUCGUUGUCCAAGCUCCACACCAUGCAGUUCGUCAGUCCAUGCUGAAUCUCCCAUCACAGGUCUAUGUUACAGCUAGACCUAAAGGUUCACCAGCAGCUGGUUAUGGUAUCAAUCCAACAAACUUCAUCACGCACGUCAACGGUGUGGCAACGCCAACUGUUGAUGACUUUGUGAGAGUUGUUAGAACCAUCGGCACCAACACUUACUGCAAGCUGAAACUGGUGUCAUUUGAUAACGUUCCAUUUGCCAUUUCCGUCAAGACCAACUACCACUACUACCCUACGGGCGAGCUUAAGAGAGAUCCAGCUACAAACAAGUGGCUCGAUAUCGAGUACGAUGAGAAGAACGCUGAAACCUCGUUGAAGAAGAUAUAAACUGGACAAAUCAUUGGUAUAUCAACACCUCUCCUUGGUGAAAUCUACAUCUGUAGUGGUGUAAUUAUGUAUAAUGAAAAGAACCGUGU